ACUGCAGAGGCCCACGGCGGAGGAGGAGAGAGGGGAGGAGGAGAAGCGUCUGCGACUAGCCACAAUUUCCAACACUAACAGCCAUGGCGUCAUCAUCAAGACCCACCGCCCACGCCAACGGGCCCACCCCAAACGGCGACCACAUCCACAGGCCCACACCAAACGGCGACCACAGGCCCCGCCCUCUUCCUCCGCCGCCCAGUAGCAGCAACCGCCACCAGCAGCACUACCCAACGACGUCGUACCACUCCUCGUCGUCGUCGUCGUCCGCCUCCUUCAAAGGCUGCUGCUGCUGCCUCUUCCUCCUCUUCUCCUUCCUCGCCCUCCUCGUCCUCGCCGUCGUCCUCGUCAUCAUCCUCGCCGUGAAGCCCAAGAAGCCCCAGUUCGAUCUCCAGCAAGUCGGAGUCCAGUACAUGGGCAUCAACUCCAACGACCCGAACCCGAACCCGACUUCGGCCUCGCUCUCCCUCAGCAUCCGCUUGCUCUUCUCCGCCGAGAAUCCCAACAAGGUCGGAAUCAAGUACGGCGAGUCCAGGUUCACUGUCAUGUACCGCGGCAUCCCGUUGGGCAAGGCCUCCGUCCCCGGAUUCUUCCAGCAGUCCCACAGCGUCCGGCAGGUCGUCGCCACCAUCGCCGUCGACCGCGCCAAUCUCAUUCAGGCCGACGCCGCCGACUUAAUCCGCGACGCUUCUCUCAACGACCGGGUCGAGCUCCGGGUCUUGGGUGACGUCGGCGCUAAGAUCCGCGUCUUGAACAUCGACUCUCCCGGCGUUCAGGUCUCUGUGGAUUGUACAAUCGUUAUAAGUCCAAGGAAGCAGGCUCUUACUUACAAGCAGUGUGGAUUUGAUGGAUUGAGUGUUUAGUCCUCAUUUGCUUAACAGUAUUAGAUCCUGGGUACUUUUUUUUUCUUUAUUUCUUUUAGUUUUGACUCUUCAAAAUUGGGAAGAGAAAUGAUAAGGUAAAAAAGCAGGGGGUAAAACACAAAGAAAGCCCCCAAGUGAAUGGAGGCGUAGUAGUGGUGUUAACAGCAGAUGGGAAAAGAAAGGAAGCAUAAAAAAUUUGGGAACUCCAAAAUCCUUACUCCCAACAUUUUGCCCAACUCUUACGUUUAGGUUCGAUAUUGGUUUUGUUUAGGUCUCUAUUUUCUUCAAUUGUUCAUCUCCGGAUAAACUAAAGCUGCUAACUGCGAGUAAAGUGUAAAAACUUGAGCAUUUGU